CAUCGAUGCGUCUCGUGUCCUCGUGAAAUGCCAGUAUUAAAUUAUAAUAAUAAUAAUAAUAACAAUAAUUAAUUAAAUUUACCAGCCGAGAGUGUAUCUAGGCUGUAUCGAUUUUGUGAGGAGUGAGGAGCCAAAGAAGAAAAAACUUUUUUUUUUUUUUUUGGAGACAGGAUCUGUGUGUAGCCUACUUCAUACAGAACCUCCUCAAGCAUAAUCCUUUUCCUUUUUUCAACUUAAAAAUUCCUCAAGAAAGAGGACUUUUUUUCAGACUGUGGAUGAAUAUUUCUCAUUUCCGAUUCUGCUUUGAAUUUUCCUUCUGGAUAGAUCGCUAUUAAAUCGAGCGCCAUUCACGCAAAACUUGAUUGAAUACAGAUGAUAAUCUGAACAGAGGCUUCACGCAAGCAGCAGUGUGGAGAUGGAAGCGUCCACCAACGGCUCCAGUUUUGGAAUCGACUCCUUGCUCUCCCACAGACCCGGUAGCCCAGUCAUCGCAAAGGGGGACAGUUUGGUUGGAGAAUGUCGGUCCCCGCUGGAGUUCAGCCCCAGGUCAGACUUAGAGAGCGGUUGUUCUUCCCCUCCGUCCCCGCGUCAGGAGUGCGGUGAGGAUGCUGCGCAGAGACAGGGUCACCAGCUCGCGCUCGUGUCCCAUUUGCAGCACGGGCCGAUCUCCGCCGGAUCGCAACCUCGGACUGUCACUUCAUCCUUCUUAAUAAGAGAUAUUCUGUCUGACUGUAAACCCUUGGCGGCGUGUGCUCCAUAUUCCAGUAACGGCCAGCCGACUCAGGAGACAGGGAGACUGGCAUCAAAAAUCGCAGACGACUUCAUUGAAAAGAUCCACAGUAACUCAUCGUCAGACAGUGAAUACAAAGUGAAAGAGGAGGGCGACAGAGAGAUCUCGAGCAGCAGAGAUAGCCCGCAGGUUCGCCUGAAGAAGCCACGGAAAGCGCGGACCGCCUUCACUGACCAUCAGCUCGCCCAGCUGGAGCGCAGUUUUGAGCGUCAGAAGUACCUGAGUGUGCAGGACAGGAUGGAGCUGGCAGCAUCUCUCAACCUGACCGACACACAGGUCAAAACCUGGUACCAGAACAGGAGGACGAAGUGGAAGAGACAAACGGCGGUCGGACUGGAAUUGUUAGCGGAGGCUGGAAAUUAUUCUGCGCUGCAAAGGAUGUUCCCUUCGCCGUAUUUCUACCCUCAAAGCCUGAUGUCGAAUCUGGACCCUGGAGCAGCGCUCUACUUAUACAGGGGACCUUCGGCACCCCCGCCGGCGCUGCAGCGUCCUCUAGUUCCCCGGAUUCUUCUGCACGGUCUCCAGGGCGCCAACGAGCCGCCGCCGCCUCUGCCCCCCCUCUCCGGUGUGUUAUCCAGACCGACACCACCGCGCUGGCCACCGGGCAAUGUUGACUGCGGCUCGGAUCAGCAAGGGGACAUCUGGUCAGCGGCAUGACGGGACCCCCCUUCAUCCCCCCUCCUUGAGCCUAAGACUGACUUUAACCCAACCAUGAGACCGUCCAGUAAAGCUCAGGGUUUAGGGACUGCUCUGACAGGGCGACUGAAUGGGAUAUUAAUGAGCAGACAAAAGACUUUAAUAGCUUUUAAUUGGACGUCGAUAACAUGUGAUCGGUCGGGCUCCUGCUGCAAACUUUCGCAUAGCACAUGUUAUCCUGCGUCUCAUCUUUGGUCUCCUGCUCCUGAAUCACUAAGUAGAGAG